AUGGAGAUGGCGGGCAGCCCUUCUGUGCUACGUCAUCACCCGCGGCCGAGCGCGAGUCAUCCGUGUGAGACGGCCGGGAGACAGCGGAACGGGAACAUGACACAGGCCGGCCUGGAGGAGCUGUCCGCCGCCUGGAACACACUGAGCAUCGGCCUGGUGCCCGCCUCCGCCCUCGGUCUGGCCGCCCCCCGGUCGGGUCUCGCGGAGUCUUACAGGGAAGGAGACUUGAAGGCGGCUCUGGAGGUUCUGCUGGACUAUGAUCUGCAGUUGGUUCUGGAGGAAUGGUUCACCGAGGUGCUGCAGAUGGAUUUACAGAGGAACAUUGCACCGGAAUUCUGGAACGGGAUAAACCAGCAGGAGAAUGCGGUGGAGGAGCAGCCGUGCACCGUCCUCUUACUGGACACCUUCCGCCUCCUCAUCUCUCGCCUUGACCCCUAUUUAAAUAGCCUGGACAUCCUGGGGAAGUGGGCGGACAUGGCUCUGCUGCCCGGAUCCAACUCCCAGACGUUACGAGAUAAAGUAUUCACCAUGAUCAAGGCCAUCCUCUUCUUCACCACCUCCAAGACCUUCCAGAACAUGAUCCUGCAGUUCUACAGUCGCACCUUUAAGAUCUAUAUGAGGCAGAAGAGGUCGACCGAAAGUACAAGCGACUGUGACAGCAACAUGGACGAGAAUGAUGUGGGGCGGAUAUCUGAGGACCGAGGGGACGAGGAGGGGGAGGAGUGUGCCGGAUGUGACAGCCCCAAAGAUCAGUGCUGGUGCCAGACCGUUAUGGAGCAAUUUCAUGAGCUCAACCGUAUAUUCCACAGGUUGAAUCUGCUGGAGAGAAUCUGCUCCGAGCCGGUCACCACCCUCCUGCACAAAAUGAUCGAGCAGAGGAUGGAGAAGAGAUGUCGGGGGGAUUACGAGAGAUCCUUCCUGAACGAGUUCCAGGAGUGGAUCGAGAAGGUCAUUGGCUGGCUCAGUAAAGUCUUCCUGCAGGACGGCUCUUCAUCCAAUCCAGAGGCGAGCAGCACCCUGAAGAGAUGGCGCUGCCAUGUCCAGCGCUUCUUUUACCGCCUCUAUGCAAGCAUGCGCAUCGACGAGCUCUUCUGCAUCAUCAGAGAUUUCCCCGAUUCCAAGCCGGCCAUAGAGGAUUUAAAGUUCUGCCUGGAGCGGACGAAUCAGAGGCAGCAGCUUCUGUCCUGUCUGAAGACCGCGCUGGAGACCCGGCUGCUGCACCCGGGAGUGAACACGUCUGACAUCAUCACUCUGUACAUUUCUGCCAUCAAAGCUCUGAGGGAAUUGGACCCGUCGAUGGUGAUUCUGGAGGUCGCCUGUGAGCCCAUCAGGAAGUAUUUGAGGACUCGGGAGGACACCGUCCGGCAGAUCGUGGCUGGUUUGACUGGUGAUGUUGAGGGCGAUUUGGCCAAUGAGCUCUCAAAAGCCGACCCAGUGGUCCUAGAGAACGGACAGGAGAGCGACGAUGACGUGUCUGAGCCCGAGGACUGGAUGCCGGACCCUGUGGAUGCUGAUCCUGGUAAAAGCGGCUCCAGGCGUCGCUCCUCGGACAUCAUCAGCCUCCUGGUCAGUAUUUAUGGCAGUAAAGAGCUGUUCAUCAAUGAGUACAGGACCCUGCUCGCCGACAGACUCCUCCACCAGCUCAUGUAUAGUUCUGAGAGGGAGAUCCGCAACGUGGAGCUGUUGAAGCUGCGAUUCGGAGAGGCUCAGAUGCAUUACUGCGAGGUCAUGUUGAAGGACAUGGCCGAUUCCCGAAGGAUCAAUUCCAACAUCCGUGAUGAAGAGGAAAAGCUCCCAGAGGAAGAGAAGCCGCCAUUCACCCUGGUGUCGGUCAUACUGUCCAGCGAGUUCUGGCCAGCGCUGAAGGAGGAGAAAUUAGAAUUGCCAGAACAGAUAAAAGAAGCUAUGGAUAUGUACACUAGAAGAUAUGAGAAACUAAAGGCAAUGCGGACACUGAACUGGAAGCCCCAUCUUGGUUUAGUAUCCUUUGAUGUGGAGCUGGCUGACCGCACCCUGUCCUUCUCUGUGUCUCCAGUACAUGCGGCAAUCAUCAUAAACUUCCAGAAUAAAAGUACCUGGACCUUAGAAGAGCUCAGCGAGGUGCUAAAGGUUCCAGUCAUAUCUCUGCGGAGGAAGAUGACCUUUUGGCUUCAGCAAGGAAUCCUGCGAGAAGAUCCUCCCGGGACCUUUACUGUCAUAGAGGAGGAGCAGAAGGAUCAGGCUGAGAAGGUGGUCUUAAUAGAUAGUGAUGAAGAAGGGGAUUCUGCUAUGGCUUCUCAAGCGGAUCAGAAAGAGGAAGAGCUUCAGCUCUUCUGGACGUACAUCCAGGCGAUGCUGACCAAUCUGGAGAGCCUGCCCCUGGAGCGGAUUCACAGCAUGCUGAAGAUGUUUGUGAUGACCGGACCAGUCGUGACCGAGAUCGAUAUCCAGGAGCUCCAGGGAUUUCUGCAGAAGAAGGUCAGCGACCACCAGCUGGUGUACUCUGGAGGGGUGUACAGGUUACCGAAGAACUCGAGCUAAAAAUAUCUAACCCCCUCCCCCUCCCCCAAUGUAUGUGGGGUCCCAGCUUCCUUCCCUGGUAGGCGCUGUAUACUGUGUAUACCGGUGUCUGCUCCACACUCGCUACCCAUAACUCUCAUCGGGAUGUUCUUAAUGUUGUACAGUAAUUGACUAUAUAUGUGACCCAGAGGGUGUAAUGUGUAUAUAUAUACCUGUUCAUUCUUCACACUAUUCACAUACGUAAGAGAAUAAAUUCUUUUGUUACUGUGGAAAAA